GUAAGAAUCAGAAAAAUGACUGAAAUGUAUUUAGGAGCAUGGGAUGAGACUUUUGAAGGAUUUUAGAGGAUAUAGAUCAAUAUUAGAAGGCAUAGUUGGAUUUUUUUUUUAAUUCAGAUUCUUUAAAACGGGAUUUAUGGAUAUUAUUCCACAAUGGUUUUAAAAUCCUGAUGAGGAUAAUUUGAUGUAACUUUAAACUCAUACUUCAAAUUCAACAGUCUCCAGCUUCCUUUAAAAAUAAUCCAUCAUCACACCCAAAACAUUAUAAAUUUCUCAUAUCGAAAGCUACUUUCAGCUCCCUAAAAAUCCCCUCUUUAUCAAAUAAUUUCUCUUGGGCUUAUACCGUACCUCUUUUUACUUUAAAUAACGAUUUUCAAAAACCUGUUCUAGAACCCUCUACUGUUCAGCUUGAAGAAGGCACUAACAACCAGGAUGAAUUCAUGAAGAGGAUAGUUGGCACACCCAAAGCUCCAGAGGAGGCUCCUCCUUCCGGAGAAGCCGAUCCAAAGACGGUUGCUCUUGAUGCGUUAAAGAAGAAAUCUCCCAUUGAGUACUUCUGGGAGCACCAAAAACAAGCCCAAGCAGAUAAGGAAACCGCCAAAGAGAAAGAAGGCAAGCACAAGAAGAAGAAAAAGGGAGCCAAGGCUUCUUCAAAAACCACCAGUGCUCCUGUUGGGCUAAAGCCCAAGACUCCAAAGGAGGAAGAGAAGAAGGAACCUAAGGCCACUCCCUAUGUUAUUCCUGUGGCUGAAGAGAAACCUGCUAAGAAGAAGAAAAAGGCAAAGAAGACUGGAGUUAAGAUGGACAAGGCCAAAACAGAAGCACCUAAGAGUGCCCGUACAGUUAAGAUGCCAACGUAUGACGACCAGAUUUAUAAGAAAGAAGCUAAAGAGAAGAAGCCAGUUGAUUCUGAGGAAAGCAAGAAGCAAACGAAGGGGAAGAAAAAGAAAGGCACCAAAGCGCCUAUAAAUAUCGGGUCUACAAGAAUUGUGUAGCAAUAUUUCAAAUCUUUAAAUAUAAACCUAA